GCAACAGACUUCCCCCCCGGCUCAACCCUGGCUCCGCUAGCCAAGGACAACGCGCGGCUUUUCGCCGUCGCCUCGGACAGCUACGCGACCCUGUAAGCGCCUCGGAGGGUAAUGCAUCCCGAGAAGUCUGCCAUGGUGACUCCGCUGCCCCAGACGCCUACCCUGGUGCUCAUUGACGGAAGCUGCUCUCUGCUGAGCCGACAAGACACCGAGUCAUCGUCGCCUCCGGGAUCCCCUCCCGCGGGGUCCAAGAAGGCGCCGGGAUGCUCGUGGCGCGACCAGUGGCGCAUCGGGGCGCUGAUGGGCGCCUCGGUGGUGUCACUCUACUGCUGCGUCUUCUGGCUCAUCUACGCGCUCUCCAUGGAGGGCGGUCGGCGGCCGGGACUCUUCCUGUCGGCCACCUGCCUGCUGCUGCUCGUCGCGCUCGGCGUGACGCUGCUCUCCAUCCGCAAGCUGUGCGACCUGCUCGCGCCGGCGCCGGUGCCCGUCUGACCCGUCAGCCCUGAGCCGCUGCCUAGCGCCGGCGCGCUGUCCGACGACAGCGCCGUGUAAAGCCCCUGGUGGCACCGAGAGCAGUGGCCUACCUCAUCAAGGAUAUUACGUCACGCGUAGGCGCGCGUAUGCGCUUACGCGAUCCCUGAGAACGUGGAGUGCGGUUUCCUGCUGCAAACACUAAGCUCUCAGUACCCGUCUAGUGAACGGAAUGUUAUUAUUCACCUCGGCAUGGGCUGUCACGUUUUGUGCACGUUGUGAAUGGUGGAUAAUUUGUAUUUUCGCCGGUCCAAACAUCUAAAAAGAAGACGUGAGCCAUGGGAGCACCGACGACAGAAACCUCGCACUGAGCUCCGGGGCUCAUAUAUUGUUGCUCUAGGCCCCUUUUUUAUCAAAAACGAAGAAGGAAAGCAUCCUCAAGUAGAGUAGAAAAUAUUGAAGCGCAACCAAAGCGCUUUCCUCGAGCGUCUACCAGAGAAUUCAAUUUAUUUGCAGUAGGGAGCUUUGGACACUCGCACUCGUCUGCUGAACUGCUUACUUCAGGGAGCUCUGUUAAUAGCUUACCUUCAUCAGGAGCAGCUUUUCACAGUUCAGCCACCAUAUAUGCCCGAGCCCUCGAGGAGGGUUCUAAACCGUCUGUUUCUUGCAGACAAAUGGUGAGACAUGUCGCUUGCAUCGUGACGCUACAGCCACAUUACUCUCAACUCAUUCGUGCGGACGCAUCCUGUGCCACGCCAUGCGAGCCACCUCCGCGGAAUUGUGCCAGCCUGCAUGCGCGGGCUCGAAGUGAGAGUCUUGGUAUUGUGGAUUACCGUCGUGGUCUAUUUCAACUUGUCUCUGUGGACGUGAAUAACUCUUCGAACUUUUGCAUGAAUUCGCUUCUUUGCGGACAAGUUUUACAAAGGGCACUGUUUCAUACAUAUUCGCCCAACCGCUUCGCGCGUGUGUACAUUGCCAUUUGAUUCAGUGGUUUGUAGUCAGCCCUGCAUGCCACGGCACCCUUACAGCUAGUUAUCUCUCAGGCGCGAUCCCAACUUCUAAAGGGUGCUGCGAACCGCGCUUUCUGCAAAGACACAAUACGGCGCGAAACGAUCGCCGUGCAGUUGAGAUGCGGUCACUACUCGCGUACAACCACUUCUUAAUACUACACUGACUAGCUACUUUGGAAUACGCGCACAACUGGCGAAAUACGUUUGACCGGCGUGCGCGAGGCUGCACGUUGCCGAGGCAAUGAAAUCGACAUGAUUUGCGAACUAUACAAUAUUACUCAUUUGGCGGUAAGAACACGUAAGAUAAAAUGCUGAUCUUCCGUGCACUUCCGUGGGUGAUUCUUGAUAUCUUUUUCUCCCUUGGCAUAUGGCUCGGGCAGCGUCUGUGACGCUUGACCACACACUUAUGCAAUCUUGCGACACCUUUUUUUCUUUGCCGAUGUGCCUACCCUGCUUUACCGCUCAAAAAUGGGGUCAAUGACGGAUCUUGCCUAUACUGAUGCAAUCGCAUGUGGCUUGGCUCAGAUAUAUAACGAAAUUACAAGAGAGCAAAACGGAGAGAAGUGGCGAACGUAUGUUCUGGAGGGCCCUGUUAAGCGUUUGCUAAGGUAGUUGCAGUACCAAAAAAAUGUAGAGGCGCGGCACUACAGCGUGAAGCUGAAUUCAAUAAAAUAGCGAGCAAACGAAAUGAACAAAGCAAGUUUUCUCACGACGACUCUAACGGAUGCGAUGGCUCAUAUGAGAGCUAUACAUGCCAUCUGCAAGCACUGGCAGCGCAAUGCCCGCUCUGUGGCGGCCUCCCUUCUCGUCUGUCAAACGUAUUUUUGUCUCGAUUCUUGACUUCGACAAUGUGUGCCAGCAUAGCAGCCUUGUGUGAGAGACGCAUGUUCGUCACCGGCACGUACGAACGCGCUUUUAACUCAAAGUACACGCCGACUGCUAUAAACUGGACAGAUCGCGAAGCUGGAAGCGUCUUGGUGCUGGCCGCGGAGGCGGCCAAGUGAUGUACAUGUCUAUACUGUGGUACCAAUAACAAUAUAUACGUUUUACUCUCAUGA